AUGCCGCCGAAGAGAAGAUACAAGUCCAAACCGUUGGUCUACAAUCUGCAGUUCACCCUCUGUGCCUCCGAGUCGCGGUGUGCUAACUUGGACGUCGAACGCUUGGCCCAACUAGGGUUCAUCUCUUCGACCGCUUCAAUGCCGAUGACCGCCUUCUCAUUUCGACUGGUCGAGCAGACCCACGCGAGCUGGAGGGUCACCCCCCGCGCUCUCACCGGCUAUGCGGACGGCCUCAAAGAGUAUUACUCCCGUUGUGGGUGGGUUCGGGGUCACUAUACAGGACAUCCUUGGGUCAGUUUGGACGCCGCCAUCGUUUCAGGGGCAGAUGCUUAAAGCCUGCCUUCCGCGCAUGCAGGACAAAGACCUUCGGAAGCAACGCGAUCGACGAGUACCGCGCUCUCGAAACAUGCGAGCAGGACAGCGGGGACCUUCUCGUAGGCACCGUCGAUUCGUUCCAACAAGGGUCCCGCGUGCUUCGGGCCAACGUGACUUAAUCAACCUUGUCACGACGUCCCAUUGGAUUGCGUGCUUGCAUACGACGGCAACUUUCGGCAAACGCGUAACAAAACUUCGAAGCACGACCAGAUCGUUCCGGACAUUUUCUUGGGUGAGGAAGAGGUUCAGGCGAUGAAGGCCGAGGUUGAAGCUUCGGUGCGGCCGACCAAAAAGGUGAGUAAUGCCGCUCUUUGCAUUUGCCUUAAUGGGAUCGCUUACCUCUACACCCACCCAACCCUCGUAGGCGUGCACAGAGUCGUGGAAGGCUGCCGACGACGGAGCUGGCUCAACCUCGUCACGAGUAGUCGACACUGGACUCGUUGCCUGCGUAUGCCGUCAUGAUGUAAACCUGAAAAUGGUCAAUCUUGAGAGGUCUGGUGAAAAGUGAGCGCAGAGCUGUCUGGUUGGGACGUAGUCGCUUCCGCUUUCCUCUCCCAGUACUAAUGCGCAUAUUCCCCUCCGACCGCUCAGAUUAUACUAUGCGCUUGCCAUCCUCAAGUGCAUCUCAGAGCGCCUUCCUGAAAACGCCAAGAUUGGAGUCUUAUACGACAUUGCUUGUAACUUCAAGCACCACAUUGAAAAGGUAUGCUUCGAUCACGACGCGUCCCUUCCUCCUCAGUCUCGUUGGCACAGACCAAAUGCGCCUACUUUCCUAUCAUUUGUCACCCGAGGCAGCUCCUGCCAAAGCUUUUCAAGCGACUGGAGUUCGCCACGAGCGUCUUCCAUGCAUACGCCCAUAUCUGGUCCUGCCAAGUCGAUUUCAACCCCCGCCUCAUUCCGAACUUCGGGUUGACUGAUGGAGAGGGCUGUGAGCGAUUGUGGAGCGGGCUACGGUCGCUCAUUCCGAGGAGUAGCAGCUGUGCGCGCCAAGGCUCGAGUCGGUGAGGAGGAAGCGCGGAUCGGCGCCGAGGUGCGGCAAGCUUUGGCUUGGAUCGAAGAUGAAAAGACUCGUAUCACUAGUUGCCAAACACUUUGGACUAAAGUGUCGGGUAAGUUCUCGAUACAGCGUGCUCCAUAUCACCUCUUAUGUCGCCCUGACAUCUUUCAAACCAUCCCAACAGAUACCCUUUCUGAAUCGAUCGACCCAGCUGAUGCCAAGUCCAUAUUCGGCACUGAAGAUGUUGAAGAGAUCCGAGACCGCGCGCUCAUUUAUUUUACUGGAUCGCCGGAUGGAGCUUCUUCAGUUGCGCGAAUGUUCUUGGUCCCAGAACGACCAUUUCUUCGAUGUUUGGCUCGACACUCGCGGGCAGUCAGACGGCGAUUCCGAGCCCAUGCCUCCUGCACUGUCAGAAUUUCGUGGUUUACAUCAACGAUUGAACGCGACGGGAAGAAGUGUCAAGAAGGCGAAACAUCACCAGCUACCUGCACAUAAUCGAUCGGGAACACGCGGUCCUAUGGAGACAUCUGGCUCGACGACUCGGCGCGGCCUCCAUCGCUGGCCCGUGACGUUCAGCAAGUGCGGGGCAUUCAGGCGCAGAUGGAUAUGAGCGACGAGGCUCAACUCGCAAAGGAGGUGGGGCCUUUCUCCGCAUAACUCCUCGAGCAGGACGGUGAGAUGGGCAGCUCUUCGGAUGAAAGCUACGGCGAUGACUUUGCUGGUCAGGAAGACGAAUACUUCUCGGGCGUUUAG